CUCAAGCUGCUGGCAGCGACAACAGUCCAGUGUCUUCUGACAGCAGUCAAGGCGCUCUCUUUGAUUCUGGCCUGCGAUUUGUUCACGUGUCAACAAUGACAGAAGAUGGACACUCGUCCUUCAGCAGUGAAUUCACCUUCACUUCUGAGUUGACCGAUGAAUAUGCAUCAUGUUAUAUUAGCCACAAGGAGGUGUCCACUACAGGCGUGGGAAGAUGUAGCACUACAUUUAUUGACAAAAGCUGUGGGCCUUUAUAUAAACAACCCAUUUUCGCUGGUCACAGCUCAGUUACCGAAGAUGAAGAGAAGUUUCAUUCUUUAACAGCUGUCAGUUUUAACAUUUUUGCUCUUCUUUUAAGCGUUUUGCCACCCAUGAGGAGGGCCGUGAGCGAGUUGUGCAUUGAGGACAAACUUCUGUUAUUUCUGAUGAAGUUGAGGCAUGGCAUGCCAUUUUCUGUCCUUGGAGCUCUUUUUGAUGUGCACAGAACUACAGCAGCACGAAUCUUCAAGGGAAUGCUCGUGAAUUUGAAUGUGGCCACAAAAAGUUGGGUCUACUGGCCGUCACGAAAUGUUAUUCAGUCAACUAUGCCACCUGCAUUCAAGGAGCACUACCCAAGUUGUAGAGUAAUUAUUGACUGCACGGAGCUUGAAACUGAAAUCCCAAAUGGAGUGGAAAAACAGAACCUAUGGUAUUCACAUUACAAGAGUAGGCAUACAAUCAAAUAUUUAAUUGGCAUUGCACCCAAUGGCCUGGUCACUUUUGUCUCAAAAGGAUUUGGAGGACGGACUACAGAUUCAGUGGCAACUGUUGAGUCUGGAUUUCUGUCACUACUAGAGCCAGGGGACCUGGUGUUAGCAGACAAGGGUUUUCCUGGCAUAAAGACAGGUGUCGGUACCCAGAAAGCGACAUUGGUAAUGCCACCGUUUGCUAGUAGUCAGCAGUUCACUGAAUCGGAAGUAAAUGCAACAUAUGAAACUGCGUCAGUACGAAUACAUGUUGAGAGGGUCAUACAACGACUGAAAAUAUUUGAUAUCACACAUAAGAUUCCGUGUGAACUCACAUCUUAUGCAGAUGCAAUCCUGCAUAUGAUAGCUAUAAUAACCAAUUUGAAAAGUCCUAUCUUUGCAAAACAGUGAAUGAAGAGGGGGACUUGCCCUGCAAAGGACGUUAUAUGAAGUGUAUUUAUUGCACAACCCACAUAUAUGUAUAUUUUGGUGUAAGUAUCAGCCAGCACAUCUCUAAUUGUAUCAAAAUAUCACAGUUUUGGCAGGGCAGAUGACAGGAAGUUGACCACGUUAUUGAUGUGUCUAUGCUUGAAUACACAGGAAUGGCAUGCUUCCAGCCCUUUCACGUGUGUGCGGUUUUGUUUUGCAGUCCACAUUUUCAUUCUUUGGGUUUGCCUCAUAGGCCUGCACAUUCAUGUAAUGCCUUCAAAAAGUACUGAAAAUAAAAGCGCCUUAGCUUUGGCACAGCAGACAGCAGGAAGUCACUGUCUUUCUUGACAGGUAUCAUUAGCAUGUCUGCGCUCGAGUACACAUAAAAGUGGCACACAUCGAGUCCCAGCACAUGCAUGCACAUCUGAACUUGAGUGAAGUACUGAUGACUACGUCGUAGGGAGAUGACUUCAUCGCCACACAAGUAAUUUAGCAAGGGCUUAUUCUUCAGUGUGGUGUUUCUACGGCUGUACGGGCACUUUAUUUCAAGCAGGAUCGUUUCUCCAUAUUUGUCUCUGAAAAAAAAAAACACGCUGGUGUGGUCUGAACAAAAUAAGUUUGCGGAACUCCUUACCUAAAUAUGCCGUCAGGUGAACAUGCCAGCCAAGGCUCCUCGGGGCACACAACUAAUCCGAAUUCUGCGACUGUCACCUCAUACUCUUUCUGAAAUGCUACACGAGCUUUUGGCUCCAUUGCCACUCCAUACUGGACAGAGGGACCACUGAAGGGCACCUCCAUUACCAUGCGCUUUGCACGGUCAUGAAGGCCCUCCUCAGGGCAAGUCAGGAUCCUGUGUGCCUGCAAAGUUUUAUCACUGAUAAUGAAUAUUCACUCAAUGUACCGAGAAAAAUGCUUUUCUGUCCAUUCCAA